GUGCCACGCCACCUCUACGUUGGCAACAGCGUGAUGUUCUUCGUUGCUGACACACCGGCAGGUUCCUCUGACAGUGGAGACGCUACUUCUGCCGCGUUCUCGGCGCUGGCUCAGGCUCUGUUCGAGUUGGAUGCCGUGGCAUUGGUUCGUCGUGUCUACUCCCGAAGCACUGCUCCCGUCCUUGGUGUGUUGACUCCGAGGUGGGUGGGUGGCUAUCUUUGUUCUUAUCGUAAUCCGGACACCGCGUCCACCAAUUUCUUACAUGACUCCCCCUCCCCCAGCCUCCCUCGACAGGACACGGAAAUCAGAACGACUCCCUCAUAUAUAGUAGAUUUUCUAUCUCAUAAAGAAGGGCACAGCAUUUGUUGGCCGUCCGCCACAAACCCAAUUCUUAACUUUAAUCCUUCAUUUCCAGGAAUUUGA